CGACUCCGGAAGGGAACGCCCGCCGCUUCCGGGGACGCGAAGAUGGCGGCCUGGGACCCCGCGGGGAAGAGGCGGCGGCCGCCCCGGCUCCUCUGGUCGUUGCUGCUGCCGCUGCUAGUGGGAGGACUCGCGGCUGCCGGGAAAAUGAAGGUGGUGGAGGAACCCAACAGCUUCGGGCUGAACAACCCCUUCCUGCCUCCGUCCAACCGGCUCCAGCCCAAAGCGGCGCCCUCCCCUAUCUCAGGGCCCGAGCAUCUUUUUAGGCUGGCGGGCAAAUGCUUUGGUUACGUGGAAUCUACGUAUAAAUACGAGUUCUGCCCAUUUUAUAACAUCACCCAACACGAGCAAACUUUCAGGUGGAAUGCCUACAGCGGGAUUCUUGGAAUCUGGCAUGAAUGGGAAAUUGAAAACAACACUUUUGUUGGAAUGUGGAUGAGAGAAGGAGAUUCUUGUGAAGCAAAAAAUAGAGAAACAAAGGUACUUCUUGUAUGUGGAAAAAACAAUAGAUUGGCUCAAGUAUCUGAACCAAGUACUUGCGUUUAUUCUCUUACAUUUGAAACUCCACUUGUUUGUCAUCCACAUUCUCUUUUAGUCUAUCCAAUCUUGCCUGAAGCUCUUCAGAGAAAGUGGGAUGAAGUUGAACAGCUGCUUUAUGAUGAAUUAAUCACAAAACAGGGAUACAAGAAAAGACUGAGAGAACUGUUUGAAGAAGGCUCCCUUUUAAAAUCAACCAGAGAGAAAAAAGAGGACAUUCAACUUCGACAUUUGGAAUUUGAGUCUGUGGAAAAGUGCAGCAAGGAAUAUAAGCGACUUUCCAAUGAUCUGCAGAAAUUGUCAGAUUUACUAACCCAGCAUGGAAUUCCAUAUGAACCCGUCCUAUCAGGUGUUGGAUAGCCUUGCGCAUGAAGGAGCGCUUGGAUGGAUUCCUGGAGGAGAAGAUCCGGAACUUAUUCGGGGGAUGUGACCGGAACUCCAGUCUUAGCCCGAGCCUAACAGUCAGGAGAACCCACUCAUCCGUGGUGAUGUGCUCCCAGGUAUCUGCAAACAAGGAGAGAUGGAUCACUUGGACCUGCGGAAGGGACAGUUUCCCCCCUCCCGCGAAAGGGCCGCUUAUCCUGUGGUUGGAACCUGAAUCUGUCCCUGGAAUACUGCCUAUCUCCCUGCCUGUGGAAUCUGAGUGCAGAGUACCUUGGUUGUUGGAAGUCCGACUCAGGGGGACAAUAGGAGGGCCUCCUGGGAUAAGGAGCCGGCCAAUGAUCGGAGCGCCUGUUCGUGGGUGGGAAGACCUUACGUUUGUUCUUGUCUUCUACGAGGGUGGAGUCCCGCAAUGAGCCAAAGAGCUUGUCUCUGGUGUAAUCUGCCCCUGUCAGAUGCCAUUUUACUUGGGACUCGGCCUGCCAAUGGCGCAGCCAUAGUAAACGUCUGGAUGCCACUGAGGAAGAUAAAGCUCUGGAUAAUACUUUACCGCGUCUAGCGUGACGUUGGCUGAAAAUUGGGUGGCUGCCAUUAACUUCAUAAUGUCCUGCAGCUGUCUCACAUCUGACGCCGGCGUUCUGUCCCGAAGCUCCAGCCAUAGCAGGGUGGACCUGUUAAAAAAAAUGUGACAACCGCCACCCAGUCGCCCAUGUCAUGGCCUGGAAAGUCUUGCGCAUGACAAGUUCUGCCCUCCUGUCCUCCACCUUGAGGCAGUUGGAGAUGUCUCCCGUCACCACCGCGGAGGAAGCCACUGGAGUGUCCACUGAAGGAACCUGUAAAGGUAAACCUGGGUGAAGGUAGCAUUAAGAUUGUAACACCUGCGGUCAUUGCUCCCCGGGGUUGGGAAGGUACCUGGUUUAACCCACUGGGUCUUAAGUACUUCUAGGAAGAGGUCUGGGGUAGGAAUCUCUUCCUUCUCUACCUGGGGACUGUGGAAGGGCCCCUUCUUGUUCCCAUUUGUGCAAGGAGUGGCAGCGGCUUGGGUGGGCUCUGGGGUUGCUGUCCACAUCUGCAGUGGCCCUGGCCUUGCAUAAAAAGGAACUAAACAAGGCAGGACAGAAGAGCCCCGUGAUAUUGGGUACUUCAGGGACCUGGGAGUUCUCGUCUUCUGAGAACUCAAUAUCCUUCUGUUCUUCUAAACCUGACCCUUCACUGGCGGUGGAGGGUGAAGGAGACCUGGUGUCAGCAUUGACUUCAUAGUAAUCAGGAAAGGAAACCACUGGACUCCAUUUGAAUUGAAAUCAAGUGUACUU